AUGGACGUAAAAACCAAUAUCAAGCAAGGAAACAUUCUUCCUACUGAGGAGAAAUCCGAGGAGCAGGCUCCUCGUCGGAGUGCCAUGAGCAACAAAAUUAAGGCCAUUGUUGCAAUUCUCAUUCUCGGCUGCUACUUUUUUGGCAGCUGGUUCUCCAAUUCAUAUGGAUCGGCAAUUUCUCUUGGAAAUGGUAAGCAUGGUCAUAAAAAGCACCGCUCACCCAAGCCUGUGGACGAAUGUCCUGCUUUAGAAAAGGUGAUACCAGAAGAUAAUUUCAAGGGCCCUGAACAGUUUUUCACCGAAGAAUACAAGAAUUUUUCACUCAAUUCAUGGGCUGGAGCAGUCAGAAUCCCGUCUAUUAGUUACGACGAUCUGAAAGAUGUUGGCCAUGAUGAUCGAUGGCUGGUAUUUGGUGAGCUUCACAAGUACCUUGAGAAGACUUUCCCCUUGGUUUAUGAAAAGUUCGAUGUUGAGUAUAUUAAUACUUACGGCCUUUUGUUUACAUUGAAUGGAAACAAUCCUGACUUGAAACCUGCUAUUUUGAUGGCACAUCAAGAUGUUGUCCCAGUUCCCGAAGAGACCAUUUCGCGUUGGACCUAUCCCCCCUUCAGCGGUCAUUUCGAUGGAGAGUAUCUUUGGGGAAGAGGCUGUAGCGAUGAUAAAAAUAGCUUGGUCGGUAUUUUUGAAGCAGUUGAAGCUCUUUUGAAGGAAGGAUAUGCUCCAGAACGUACUCUUAUUCUUUCAUUCGGUUUUGAUGAGGAAGUUAGUGGAGGUCGUGGUGCUAAGCAAAUUGCCAAGCAUCUCGACGAGAAGUUAGGACCCGACUCUGUCUACAUCAUUGUAGAUGAAGGUGGAAACGGAAUCCAAAACAAUUAUGGCUCUUGGUUCGGAUUCCCUGGUACUGGAGAAAAGGGUUACUUGGACUUGAGAAUUACUCUCACAACAUCUGGUGGCCAUAGUUCGGUCCCUCCUGAUCACACUGCUAUUGGUAUUAUCUCACAACUAGUUAGCGCUAUUGAGGCUGCUCCCUACGAGUCUGACAUCACCAAGGCAAAUCCUUUCUACUAUCACUUGCAAUGUCUUGCCAAGGAAGGAAAGACCCUGGACAAGAAACUUAGACACGAUAUCCAGAAGCUCGAUCAAAGCCACUCUGCAAAGAAGAGAGUUAUUGCUGAGUUCGAAAAGACUCCUUCAUUGAAGUAUGUCAUGAGAACUAGUCAGGCAGUUGAUAUUAUCAGUGGUGGUAUCAAAAUCAAUGCUCUCCCUGAGCAGGUGACUGUCGAUGUCAACCACCGUGUAGCAGUCGAGUCUAACCUUGACUAUGUCAAGCAAAAGGUCAUCAAGACGGUUCAGAAGAUUGCUAAGGAGUAUGAUUUCUCUGUAGAUGCAUUUGGAGAGACAGUGUUUGGCUCUUCUGAUUCCAAGGGUACUUUUGAUGUCAGUGCUCUUUCGGAACUAGACCCUGCUCCAGUUACUCCAAUCUUGGAUAACCCUACUUGGAACCUUGUUGGAGGUACUCUCAGACAGGUUUUCGAGGAUGUUAACGGUGGUCUUGUCGACAGUUCUAUUACAGUUUCUCCAAGUAUCAUGACCGGUAACACUGAUACCAAGUUCUAUUGGAACCUUACCAAGAAUAUCUACCGACUGUCGCCAUUUGUGGCCUCUUCGUCUUCCAACAUUCACGCCAUUGACGAGCACGCAACUCUCGGAGGCCACAUUCACGGUGUCGCUUUCUAUUAUAAUCUUAUCCGUAACAUCAACGCUCAGACUGAUAACUAA